AUGACAUCAUUGAUCUCACUGGUGAAUCUUCUGAGCCUGAAGUCAUCACUAUCAGUGAUGAUGAGUCUCCUUUGGACAGGGAGCAGAGCCAGCAGCAGCCACAUCUUUUCAGAGCAUCACCUGAGUCACUGGCAAUGGAUGAUGGAGAAGAACCAAGCGAUAGUGAUGAUGAUUGGCUACGAUUUGAUUUCAAUCGUCGAUUUUGGUCAGAUGAGGACUCAGAGGACAGGGAGCAGAACCAGCAGCACCCACAUGUUUCCAGUGCAGCAGGGAAUUCAGCUGAUCUGCUGGCAAGGGAUGAUGAAGAGGAGCCAAGGGAUGUUGAUGGUGCACGGCCAGCAAGUCCUGCCAGUUGUCCACUUGAGGAGGAUGAGGACUCAGAGAUGGCCAGACAGUGUAUACGUUUCUCGAUUUUGGAUGCAUUAUUACUCAGAGUGGUGGUAUUUGCGGCGCCAGCCACAUUUCGUCAGAGCAGAAGAUAAUUCAGCUAUGCUAGUGAUGGGAAACAAUGAAGAGGAAGCAAGAGAUAAUGAUGACUCUCUUCCCUCUAGUGCACGGCCAGCAGGUCCUGCCAGUCCUCCAACUAGUGAGGAUGAGGACUCAGAGGUGGGAAUCCACAUGUUCUCAUAG